UUUCUGGGGGAAGAGAGUUUGUCGAGAGCGGGUGAGCGUGUCUGGGGAGAGCUCGAGGACUGUCACUGCGUGAAAAGGGGCUUUGCUUCGGAUCAGAGGUGGCUCAUUUUCUUUGCUUUUUCUUUUGAUCUGGUCAUCGAGUUUACCAGCCAGCAUGCACUUUGUUACAGCUCUCACUUCCAACUCCGAUUAAAGUUGUGCCUGCUGUUUUUGCUACACCCUGCGAAUCCUUCUCCACGGUUUUUUCUUUCGGGUGGAAUCUUUAGGACUUACAGAUCCUCUUUGCGGGGGGUGGCGCGGGGGUGAUACUGUGCAGAGUAACGAUGGAAUAUUUUUAACAGUCCUUAGGACUCCAGGGCUAAACCCAGCAGGUUAUGAAUGUGUUUCCCCUCAUCCUGUGCAGAGAAGGUAGAAUACAGUAGAAAUUUGGGAGAUCUGAGUUGGGAGAAUGAGGGAGGGGAACUCCAAGAAGUUGACAUAUAAGACACUAGGGACUUUCAGUGUAGUUAAUAGAGGAAACGGUCUUCUUUCUGCUUUAUUCCUUAAGCUGGAGUUUUUUAGCUCAAGGUGGUAGUGGAGGAUUGGCGUUUUUUUCUUUUCAUUCUUGAACUGGAUCUAAUCUUUGGAAGGAAUUUGUGUGAAAAAUAUUCCAGUUUACCAUUGACUGAAAACGGGAACUUGUUUGGUAUUUUGUUUUACGAAGAAUACAUUAUGUUAGAAAUAAUUUACUGUUGGUAUGGAAAGACAAAUGCUUCUUUUUAUCAGGAUAUUACUGUACUUAUUUUAUUACAAGAAGCACAUUGAUUCAGAGUUGGCAGUACUUUUGAAAAUCAAGAUGUGUCAUGUAAAUGCAGAUUUUUAAAUUCGAGGAAAUAGAGAUAAUUGAAAUGGCCAGAAUUUCCCCCCACUGAUUUAAAGGCCAACACUUAUUUGUCCGUGAAUGUCAUCUCGUUAUGUGAUUGAACCCUUAUUUAAACUUUAAAAAACCCUUUCAUGAUUUCCAAUGUGAAUACUCUCACAUUCACAGAACUGUGCAUUGAGUUUUGUGCUUGUGCUUUACUGGCUAUUAGAUACCAGGAACAGUUGUAUUUGUCUGUAUUCAUUUCUGCAUCUUGUAGAUUGAUAAUGGGCUAUCUUUAAAAUCCUAGUUUCUACUGAAAAUGACCGGUUUUGAGAUUCCACUUUACUUUGGAAUAUCGUGGAAUUUUUUUUUUGAUGCAUGAAGUAUACCCUGACUUAUUUCCUCAUCAUUAAUCUAAUUCUUAUAACAGCAAACAGAUAACACAAAGGCAACAGCACCAAAACCAUUCUUAAUUUUUUAAAAGUGGAUCUUUUCCUUUAUGGACAACACCGAUAAACUGAUACUGAGCUCUCUUUAGAUGAGAGCUAUUCCAGUACUCAUGCUCAAUAUGCCCUACCAGGGCAUACUCCAUUUUAAUUGUUCGUUAGAUUCACAAACAGGAAGGCAUUACUUCUUGAUUCUGCUUUUUAGAAGUUGAAAAAACUCCUAAUUUUUAUGGCAUGGGGUCUCUUGCUUACAUUCUUCUUCUGUGAUGUGGUCCUCAGCCUCUCUUGGAAUUGGACUCUGGCCAGGAGCCCGGCAUCAUUGUAAUCCGCUGAUGAAGGAGAUCAUUACCAGGAUUUCAGAUGCAUGCCAGGUUUCCACUGAUUGCCAGAAUUCGAGAUCACUACACAUGGAUCCCCCAAAUCAACAUGGCAGUGGCAGUUCAUUAGCUGUGAUCCAGCAGCCUGCUUUGGAUAGCCGGCAGAGGUUAGACUAUGAGAGAGAGAUUCAGCCUGCUGCUAUUUUGUCCUUAGACCAGAUCAAGGCCAUCAGAGGCAGCAAUGAAUACACAGAAGGGCCGUCAGUGGUGAAAAGACCCGCUCCUCGAACAGCACCACGACAAGAAAAGCAUGAAAGGACUCAUGAAAUCAUACCAAUUAAUGUGAAUAAUAACUAUGAGCAUAGACCUACAAGCCACCUGGGACAUGCAGGACUGUCGAGUAAUGCCAGAGGCCCCAUUUUGAGCAGAUCCACCAGCACUGGAAGUGCCGCCAGUUCUGGGAGCAACAGCAGUGCCUCUUCUGAGCAGGGGCUGUUAGGAAGGUCACCACCAACCAGACCAGUCCCCAGUCACAGGUCUGAAAGGGCAAUCCGGACCCAGCCCAAGCAACUGAUUGUGGAUGACUUGAAGGGUUCUUUGAAAGAGGACCUGACCCAGCACAAGUUCAUUUGUGAACAGUGUGGGAAGUGCAAGUGUGGAGAAUGCACAGCUCCCAGGACCCUGCCAUCCUGUUUGGCCUGUAACCGGCAGUGCCUUUGCUCUGCUGAGAGCAUGGUGGAAUAUGGAACCUGCAUGUGCCUGGUCAAGGGCAUCUUCUACCACUGCUCCAAUGACGAUGAAGGGGAUUCUUACUCGGAUAAUCCUUGCUCCUGUUCACAGUCACACUGCUGCUCUAGGUACCUAUGUAUGGGAGCCAUGUCUCUCUUUUUACCUUGCUUACUCUGUUAUCCUCCUGCCAAGGGAUGCCUGAAGCUGUGCAGGGGGUGUUACGACUGGAUCCAUCGCCCAGGGUGCAGAUGUAAGAACUCCAACACUGUCUAUUGUAAGCUGGAGAGCUGCCCCUCGCGGGGUCAGGGUAAACCAUCAUGAUUUUUGGAGGUGGGUUGGACCUCCUGAACUUCUAGCUUUCAAGCUGUGGCUGUUAACAAAGAUUCUAUUAGAUACUGAUUUUAUUUUCUUUACAAUUUUCCCCUGUUUCCUGCCUUCUCUUCCCUGUUCCCAAGGUUUGACUCAAUGGAUUUUGCUCUUCUCUAAUGGAUGAUCUUCAGUAAUAGCGGACUGUGAAACUGCACCUGGCUCCCACUUAUGACAAGAGCCUCUGCCAUCCGCUCGAGAGGGUAUUGAGUGAGAGCCAGUGGGCUUUUGUGUAACCUUUUUGUUCUGCAAGCAACUUUCCAAAGUUGUACACAUGAGCAUACCCACACACACACACCCAGACCACAGUGAUUUAGAGCUGUGUUUGAUUGGGAGCUCUGGGAGCAGGGAAAUUGGGUUUAAAAGAAGCCACCGUUUAAUUGCUUAAAUAAGCUGUGUAUUAAGUCUGUCUCCAACUAGGGCUAUCUUCAUAGCAUUGGACCCUUAAGUAGCAUGGGGGGAUAUAUUUUUGUUAUAACAUAAAAACUUUCCUUUAACCACUGCCCUCUCCUUUUACCCCUCAAAACUCUCUCUCCUCUGUUUUGGCAUUAUCUUAUUCUAGAGAUGCCAGGUAUUUUUGUUUUUCUAUGUAAUUUUAGGUUUGCUUUACAUUGUAAAUCUUCACAUUGGAGAUAUAUUGGUUGUAUCUUGCUCAUCCCUAUUCUAGCUUUCAUAUUUGUGAAGGAUUCAACUACCUUCCUUCCACACCCCACGCUUUUCACCAAAUUUCUCUUGUCAGUGAGGGCACUUGGCUAACUGAAGUUGAUAUUUAUAGCUGAUCAAUCUAUAGGUGUCACAGAACUAUGCUGCCUCAAGUGAUCUGGGCUCCUUAAUGGUCCUUUUGGUCCCUUGGUUAGUUAACAGCUGAGUAGUUCUAAUCUUUUCUGUGUUUUCAUUGCCUUAACCACAAAUUGUGGUGCUUUUUGUAUGUUUUAUGUAUAAAUCACAAAGUUGAAUUCUGACUAUUUUUAAGACAAAAGUCUGUUAAACUUUUUUAUUGUAAAGAAUAUUUAUUAUGCGAAUCUCUAUUAUUUUAUGAUAUUUAUUGCAAAAGACUGUUGAAAUGUACUCAUGUCUGAAUAUAACAAAAUAUCAAUACGUAACGGAAAAUAAGGUGACACAAAGAAAGUACAUAUGUUAACUAUAAUGCAGAAAAUAUAUUAAUUAAUGAAACUGUCUCUUGAUUUCUUCAUUUAUUAGCCUGUAUUAUAUGGUGAUUUUUGUCAUUUGAUUUGACUCUUUCUUCAUGCACAUGCAUUUUACUUCUUUCCUUUAACAUACCGAAUCUAGACACAGGUGGGCUCAAAUUUUGAACUAGAUAUUUCCUGGAAAAUGUAUUAAUAAAAAUUUUGUAAUUCAAAUUCUGUUUCAGCAAAUGCCCAAGUGAAUCACUUUAGGGAGUGGAAAUCUUUUGUAACUAAUAUUAGCAAUCACUCCCUACUUUGGAUAUUUUGUAAGCAAUAGGUUUUGUGUCUAUCAUAGUUUCUUGGAAUGGGAUGUAUCUGUAAGUUUUUAAAAAUGUUUAUCUUAACUCUCUUGGGUGAAUCAGAAAUUAGUCUUCAUCAGCAAAACUUGAAGAACUUAGUUCUCUAGGCUUGCUAGGAGUCUCUGGCACUGUCACUUUCAUAAAACCUUCUAGAAGUUAGAGUGCACCAAGGGAAGAGUUCACAUCAUUAAAACGUUUACAAACAUUUCUGUCCCUACCUUUCCAUUUCCUUUAAUAAGUUUUUAAUGUGGCCUGAUCAAAUUACAUUUCUCUAUGUCCUUUGGAAUAAGAAAUCUGAGGGCCUGAAACUUUAUACUGUAGAAAGAGUAAAUUAUGUUUUAGUCUGCUGAGACUGCUACAUAGCUGGAAUCCUUGGGUCUGAUAAAUUUUGUUCAUGUGAACGCUCAGACUCGGUUUCACUAACUCCCUCUGCCUAAGCGAUGUGUCAGACCUGAAUAAUUCUCUGCAUUUGAGAAUAAGAUGUUGACAAUUUGCACCCAGGAUUUAGGCUAUCAGAACUCUUAGCCAGCUGUUUUGUUUGGGUCUUUUGCUCUUAGGUGAUUUGGCUACAAGUUUUGGGAGUAUUUGUUCUUUGUGAAUAGAGUUUGAUUUUCUUUUAAUCAGACAAGGCAUAAGUGAUAGAAACUUGUUUUAAUGCUGUCCCAUCGAGCCACUAAACCUAUUAGUUGGUGCUGUGACAUUUGAUAUAAUCAAAUAUUUUCUCUAUGCCCUGAAAGCAGAAGUGUUUUUUAAAAUGAAUAUUUGCGUUCUGGAGACUACUUCGCAAUCUAUAGUAUUUCAAAAUGUGAACUUAUUUCCUCUCUAUGCAAGUUAUGUUUUGACUGGUCCCGUAACAUUGAGUAUUUUGUUGAGAUUUGGCUCCUUAAUGAAGUGUAUAAACAGACUCCCUUAAAAUACUAGUUUUUUUCUGUUAUUCAGACCCUUGGUAUCAUUAGGAGUUGGUAUAAGAGCUGUCUGAAGCUAUAAUAACCAGACUAAGAAGCUGCAGCUUUUAUUGAAAGAAAUUUAUAACUUUUGUGAGAAUGAGGUAUGCUGUGGAGUUUUAACUUCUGGCUAUGUGCAGAAUGUGUUAAAAUGACAAUAUAAAGCUGGUGGCCUGCUGCUCUGGGGCUCUGUAUGUAUUCUGGUGGAAUGGCAGGCCAAUAUUUGGAAAUAACAAUAGGUUAGAGGUUCAGACUUCUAACAGCCUUGUCAGGUGGCAAAGCAUAAACUCUGAUUCAAAACUUCCUCCUUUGUGAUGGUUUAAACCUAGAAGGAAGGAAUAUUAGGGUGUGUCCUCAGAAGUGCUUAUGAGUCCUGGGCUUUUGAAUAAUACUGAUCGUCACUUUAAAGUGCUGAGGCUUUGAAAGCAUUAACAAAACUGAAAUUUCUUACAAUGCCACUGCCAUUUAUUUGCUACUGCUAAGUGAAAAAUGACAUACCAAAUAGAUGGGCUAACCUCCUUUCCUUUUUAUUCCACAAUUUUGUUGCUCUUCCUCUACAGCUACAGCUUGACAGAAUGACUAUUUUUGUUAAAUAGUUCCUUUCCAGCAUAUUAUCUGACUUCCAAUUUUUUCGUUUGAGAGAAGUUUUAGAUAAUGUAAUUGGGAAUAAAAACCAAUACAAGAUUUCUGUAAUUGAGUGGUUUCCUGUCAACAGAGCUUAUAAAAUGUAACCUGGCAGAAAAAUGAAAUGUGAAAAAGUAGAUAUGCUUCUAUUUGUGAAGGCCUAAGGUGAAUCCUUAAAUUAUAGUCUGUUAUAAUUAUGAUAUGGUAUUCAAAAUCCAAACCAUAGAACAUUCCAGUUAUUACUAAGAAAAAUAAAAUUAAAAAACAAAAAAAAUUUAAGGCGAAAGGAACUGAGCUGAAAACUAGUUAUGUUUUUGCCCUAAAAUUGAGACUGGAACCACACUCGGAGGGUUCGUUUCCAGAAGAUUGAUUUAAUUUUUGAAAUUGUCUCCUUUUCCUAAAUCUGCAUUUUUUAAAAAUAGUGUGAUGUAUUUCAUGGCAGUUUUUAUGUAUAGCUCUUUAGCAAAAAAGUACAAUGCCUUUUGGAAACAUUUGAAAUAUUGUUGAAACAAGGAGAAUAAAGGUAUCUAGACAGUUCUCAUCUUAAACUCUAUCCUACCUCCCGCUAUAUAUAUAUAUGAAUAUAUAUAUGAAUAUAUAUAUAUAUAAUUUAAUUGCAAGAGAGAGUUUGGUGUCUUUAAACAUCUUAAAAACAAACUUUAAAUCCUCCUUUUGGUCAGUUGCCAGUUGAAGACUUUUUUUUCCAUUAUUUCGCUGAUUAGAUAGAAUCCAAAUAGCCAUGUACUUAAUUGACAUGUUAUUAACUCUUCUAAUAUUCUCUCAGACUAUUACCAGGCCAUUUUGCUCCAUUUAUUGAAUACCUACUAUGUACAUUAUUCUGUAUGCAGAAUGCUAGAGCCAGAUCUCAGAGUAUAUCUUGCUUAAUGUUUUUCAACCAUAUAUGAAAAAAACAAGGUCACUAGUUAGGUUAAAAAUUCAGAAGUCUGUGUCAUAGCUCAGACCUAUUAUAUCAGAAGGAUCUCCAGGGGAGGAGCUUGGUAUUCUGUAUUUUUAAAAGGCUUCUUGGGCGAUGUUAUCAGGCAAUUUUGGAACUGCUUUUUUAGCUCGAUGUCUUCAUUUUGAGGAUGUAGAAACAAAGACAUAGUUUGAGAAGGUGAAGUGUUCGAGAGAGCUAGAGUAGAGCCAGGACUCUUCCCUCCCACACAGGAUUUUCCGGCAGCGAGCCCAGUAGCUUUAUGCUGCACAUUUGCCUUUCCAUUCCAUUCUCUUCACCAGAAAGUUUUUCCUUUAUAAUUAAUACAUUUGACCAUAAUUUAGGAAAUGGACUGUUUUUCGGCAUACAUUAUUUGCACUUAGCUAUCAGGAAUAAGUUGCAAAUGACUUCAUUGCCAUGAUUAUUUUUCAUAUGCUAAUAUUAAAGUUAACUUCAUUUGAAAACUGAACAUGUGUGCUUCCUCUGGCCAGGUUUCUGUGUUAAUAAUAGAGCAAAUUGAUUGAAUCAAUUUGUAAAAGGUAAUAGUAACUUGGCAUCUAGAUUUAAGAACUUGUGUGAUGGUCCUUCUUAACAUUAUUCUGGUUUCAUUAGGAGUACAGUGAUUAAAAAGCAGAUUUAAAUAUUCUAUUUUGAACUAUUAAACAAGAUUGGUGUUAUCUGUCAGAUAGUUGAAUCAUGUUAGAUGUGGUAAUAAUUGUAAUUGCAAAAACCAUCAGAGAACCUAGAACUGUUCUGAACUAGGUAAUUUGAGAAUUUAUACUAGAAGCUUCCAUCAUUCACCAGUAGUCCGAGAGCAUGUUUUGAUAAAAUAAUCAUAGAAUCAUAAUUUUGGUGCUAGAAAGAAACUUGAGGUCACUCAUCCAUCUUCUUUAAUUUAGAGAUGAGAAAGCCAGGUUCAGAGAGUGAGUUACCGGAAGUCAUGAUCCAUUUGCCAAAAUAAAAUAAACUUUAUAAAAAACAACUCGCUGUAUAUGUACAUGUAGUAAAUGGUUGGAAGGAAGAGAGGUUGGUUGUGGGGGGAGGAUGGUUUGAAAGAAAGUUUUAGGUUAGGAGCAAAUUUGUUAAAGUACAGCGGACUAAUGGUAGUCCCGGGUGGAGAAAUAAGUGCCAGAAGAAGGGAGUCAAACAAAACUAGCUGAAUAAACUUGAUGUAAGAAAACAAGGUUUGUGUUUGAGAACACUGAGUUCAGUUUGGCUAGCAGUGGUUCUCAAUGUUAGCUGUACAUUAAGAUCACCUGAGAGUAAACAACAACAACAAACUAGCCUGUGUGUAGACCCCGCCCAGGCCAGUAAGAUCAGAAACUCUAGGGGUGGGGUUUUGGCUUUGGUUUGUCUUAAAAGCACCCCGGAUGAUUCUAAGGCACAAGCACAGUCAGGAGCCUUUGAGUUGGACUGGAGGUAUGUGUAGGGGAACUGUGGGAGGUUAAAAUGGCAGAUAGUAAGGUACAGAGGAGGCCAAUUUGGGAAAAGAAAGCCGGAAGUAUUAAGGUUUGGAACUAGCUUGGAGGUUAGUAGGAAUGGAGAGAAGGGGGUGAUGUGAGAAAUACUGCAAAUGGCCAAUCUAUAGGACUUUGCAGUUUUCGUAUGUGGGUUUGAGAUGGAAAGAACUAAAAAUGGUACUGAGGUUUUGGACCAACGUGAACAGGCAAAUGGUAGUUCUGUUAAAAGAAAUGGGUGGAAUUAGUUUAGGAGGUAUGUGGGAUGGGAAGAGUUAGGAGUUCUACGGGGAAAAUAUCUUGAAGUGCAAGUGAGUGGCAGGCAGGUCAUUGGGAAAAAAGUGUAGAGUUUAAGAGAGGUAAGUGAAGCCCUGUCGUCCACGUGGAGGUGACAGGGAAUCUGUAGCAUAGAUCCCUAAGGGCAAGAAUGGGAUUACAAGCAGGCUAAGGACAAAACCGUGAACACAUGUACCUGCAUUUAGAGGGCCGAGGGAGGAUACAGAGCAAAUAGAUAAGAGAGGUGGUCAAAGAAGCAUAGGCACCAAGAGAUUGGUCUGGUUUCGAAGCUAGAGGAGACAUUCAAGAUGGAAAUCAGUAAUUAAAUGUCAAAAGCUGUGGAGACUCCCGACUAAAUUUGGUGGGUGGUAUUUAGGUUAAAGUGUGGUAAUAAAAACCAGAUUGCAUGGGAUUAGGAAAUGGGUGGGUGGGGAGUACAUGCAGGUAACAGCUUUAAACUAUGUAUUCUAGAAAUUUUGAGAUGAUAGGAAAGUAACUAGAGGCAGGCAACAGCUGAGGAGGAUUUUUAUGAUAACAGAAACGUGACCACUUUUGUGGGAAGAGAGCAAGGGCAGUUAAGAAAGAGAGAUGGGGCAGAGGAAAAGCUACAGGAACAUGAUUCCAGAGGAGGGAAGAGGGAGAUAGUAGAGAGAGCGCUAAAUGGGGCAUGUAGACCUUGGCAAGAAGGGUUCUUCUCCCAGAAUAAAGAAUAAAAGAGGAGAAGGAAGAAAAAGAUAUAAUGGAAUUUUAAGAAGGAGAAGAGAGAAGUUGUACAAAUGCGCCCUGAUUUUGGUAAGCAGAGGGUGGCAUUCUGUUGAUGGAUCGCUGUUGAUGGUUUAGGAACUGAACCUGGUUCUGGAGCGCAGAAGUCUGGAAUGGCUAGAUAUGGGGAUGCUAACCUGUAGUCGAGAGCUGAUGACGUGAAGAGCAGUGCAGGGAGCUCAGCUCACGUUGAACGGGGAAUUUUUUUUUGUGGACCAUUCAACAAUUUUCAGAUUUUAUCUAGACGUUCCUUGCAGCAGGCCAGAAGGACAGUGAAGGCAGAGAAUAAGCGUUACCUGGGACCAAUAACAAAUGAUGAAUUUCAGAAAGGUCAGACGUUUUAGGGCAGUAGUCUGAGUAUUUGUUGAAAUGACAGGCCGGAAGAAUUGGAUGGAGGUUCCAGUGAGGGUGAAAUGCCGGUUUGCAGAGUGUACAGAAAUAGGAAAGGGAGACAGCUAGAAGACAGGAGAAUUUUCAAGUCCUGAUCUUAGAAGCCGGGCCAUUUUUAAAUGCUGAAGAAAUCUGGGGUUUCUCUGUGUGGAGGGGUAGCUGAGGUAGAGAGGAGAUUUUUGGAGCUAAGGAUGAAGAGAAGGAGAAAAGUAGAGGCCAAUGUGUUUGAAGAGUUGUUAAUUUAGAUAGUAAAGUGCCAGAGGGAGAGGUGGAGAGGAAAAUUUAGAGGCUGGUGUUUAUAUUUGGAAAGGAUGUUUUUAGACACUUUAACUUGUUUUUAAGCUAAUGGAUUAUAAAUUAAGUAAUUAAGAUGUAGUAGAAAUGUAAGAUUUCUUAAUAAGGAAUGAACUAGUGGAGGAGAAUUUAUUUCGAAUGGGAUGUGCUCCAUUUAUAGCACAAAAUGGUCUGUUAACAAAAUCUGUUAUUGAAUAAAGUAUCUUCAUGAAAAUUGAUUGACCAGUCAAUUCAAUCAAAAUAAUACACAGUGCCAGAGACCUUUCUGCUUGUCACAUUCCCUUCUUUAAGCUUUUGUGCACAUGAGGCUCUUCAGAAAGCAAAAGGAUUGGGUCCAAGAUCUUAGUCCUGUCUGUUUCACAGAGUUUGCAUGUUGCCGAUUUGCAGUAGAAGCUAUGAGUAAAUUUGAUUCCUUAACAGAAGUACAUUUUAUUCUUCUGGGCCACCCAGAAUCUGCCUUCUACUCCAAAUGUAGAGAGGUCUAUCUUUAUAAAGAGAGCUUCUGGUGUCGGAGUUAUUUACAGAGUCUGUGGAGUUCUAACUGGUUACUUUGUGGUUUACAAAUCUACUCUUGGAAUUACUUAUAAUUUCCUCUUUGCAUCUGCCUUUGGUCAUCUUUGGCUUUUGCGCUGUAGUACCAGAAACACAAUUCAGUUAGGGAAGAUAACAGAAAAUGAAGAUGAAACCAAAAUUUAUCAGUUUAACUUCUUGCUCUCUGAUACCUAGAACAGUGCUUGUUCCACCAGAGUAGGACCUCAAUAAAUAUUUCUUGUUGAUUGCCUUGCUAGAUUUAUUCUUACAUGAUUCAGAGUAAGGAAAGAUACUGAGGUUAGUGACCAAACUGAACUUUUGUUUUUGCAGGGUUUUUGAUACUGUUUCUAAAGUCAACAAUACUGGAAAUUUUGAGAGAAAAUAAGAAUUGCUUGGCUCUGUCAACCAUUUAAUCAUGUAUUCAAUGACAAUAUCUUAGGUGCUAAGGAUCCCAGUCUUUGACUAGUAAUUCAAAAGUUUUUAGCACUGUGAUUGGUGCUAUUAUAUGAGUUGGUACCUGGGGGCCAUGGAAACACUCUGGUAGGAGGCAACCACAUCUGUCUUUGCAAGUCAGGGAAGGCUCCACAGAGAAGACAUGAAAGAUGAGUAGUAAUUUAUCAGGUAGACAAGGGAGAAAAAAGCAUUUCAGACAAGCACAAAGGCAUAUUAGUGGGAAGGAUCAUGGCAUGAUGGGAAAAUUGCAAGUAAUUUAGUAUGUUUGGAAUGUAAGGGGCCUGUGGGAAGGAUAGGAGCCAGUGAUGGAAAGUGUGAAUGUCAUGUAAAAAAGUUGGAGCUCUAUCCUGUGGGUGAUAGAGAGUCGAAAACAGAGCAGAUUAUAAACAGGAGAGUGACGUGACCAGAGCUUCAGAAACACUCUUCAGGCAGCACUGGAGGGUAGACGAGAGGAAGAAGUAGACCAGCUAGAUAGUUAAUACGGUGGCCAAAGUGGUUAGUGUACCUUGGGCAAUGGAGACUGAGAGAAAGGGAUGGGUGUGAGAUGGUUGGUUGGCAAGAUGAGGGGGGAGGAAUCUAGGUGACCCAGUGCUGGAUCAGCUCAUCUUUGGUGAUACAAGGCAAAGAGAACAUUUGUAUAAAUCAAGUGUAUAAGGAGACCAAAAUUUUCCACACUGAACAUUCUACUAAUUCUGCAGAUUUAGACUUUUUUUUCCCCCUAGACCACAUAUCUCCCAGAACAGUUAAUGAGUAAUGAAGUGGACCGAAGGCAGGAAGCAAGAAGGCAGAGGAGAGAAUCAAAGCCUUUGAAAAUCAAACAGAAACUAAAUUAUUAAUUCUUUAUUCCACCCCAGUUCCCCAGACAGAGUUCAUUGUAUAUCACUCAGAAAAGUGAAUUAUGUAUCUGACUGAUACAUACCAAAUUCCAGCACUAGGAAAUUCAGCAAGCCAACCAUUUCUCCUGAUUGGCUGAAAACAAUCUCCCUACUCUUCCUAUGUACCCUGUUCCCCACCCCCACCCCCUGCCCCAGGCAUGACAUUUCAAAUCAGUGGAGUAUCUAAAACAUGUUUGCGACUUCAGUAUCAUGGUUUUCCUUAUUCUCUGUAUUUUUCUCUGUCUGUCUGUCAAAGUGAGAAAUGGUAGUGAUGAUGGAGAAAGGAAAGAGCGUGGUUGGGGAAUGUGUAUAUUAGGUGACUGAGAACGAGGGUUAUAGAAUAGUUUGAAGCCACUCAAAAUCAAACUGAGAAGGACCUUAGACAAUGCUUGGUUCCUUUCCUUCAUUUUAAAGUAAAGAAAGUUGAACCCCAGAGAGAUGAAAUGAUUUGCUGAAGGAUAAACAGCUAAUAGGAAAGAGAACCAGCUGAAGGAGAAAAAGAUAAGAAAACUCCUUGUAAAAGGCCUGGACUAUUCCAUUAUGGAGACCUUGUCUAUACGUGAAGACUGAGAGGAGUUUAAUUUACAUUUCCUAGUUAGAGUCCAUCAUAAUAAUAGGUGGACGCAGUAAAAUCCAGAUUCUUGCAGAAGCCAUACAAAAUGAAGGACAAAAGGAUUUGGGGAUUGGAAUUGGUCGUUUUUUUCUUGUGGUUUGAAAUGCUUGUAAAUGAUAGUAUUGGAGUUACAAUUUUUCUCCAUUUUAUAGGUGGUAUGUGGCACAUGUAGAGACUUGGAAAUACUUUUUUGAGAAGUGAUUGUUAUAAAGCAGAAUUACUUGAAUUUAAGGGAAGCUGGCAUUGCUUGAUUUCAAAAGUUUAGUAAAAGAAAAUGUCAUGUGAAAGUCCACAUUUCUCCGAGUCCUAUGUAGAUAAUGGGACUUUUUUUUUCUCCUCAGCCCUGAAAUAGGUACUAUGUAGUCCCUUAAUUUCUCAGGUAAAAAUUUUAAUUGGGGGGGCGGGGGAGUUUCUUAAUCCUUAGGGGAAAUAUGCUUUGUAUGGAUUGUAAAAUCUUGCAAAUUUUGGAAAGAAGAAAAGCAGGCAGUACUCUUGAAAAAAAAAUGGUCUGCUUGAACUUGCCUUUCUUGAAAAAAACAAAACCCAACAUUCUUUCAUAAAGCAUUUUUUUCAAAAGUAUUUGCCCUUGAGCAUUUUUUCCUACUUACCCAUGCUUAUCUUUCAAAACAAACAUUUAUUCCUUUCUACUAUAGAGUGUGAGGAAGUCCCUUUGAGGUUAUGCCCUACAAACGUAUCUAGGCAGUAACUGUCACCUCCUUCCUAUGGCACAACAAAUGACUAACCCAGCCGCAGCCUGCACGGAGCAGAGGGCGGUGAUUUCACGAUGGGGGCCAUUCAAAUGUUACCUAUGGGACAGUUUCUCAAGGGGAAAAAACACAGGACUGUAUUUUUGUGUGCAAAUAAAAUUUUGGGUCCUUUUGACCCAAUGGAAAAUGUGUGUCUGCUGGUGGCUGCCUAGCUGGAAUAUGAUGAUUUACACUUGGAAACAUUUGUGUCAUUUAUCAUAUGAUGUUACUGGCCUACAGCAUGACUGCAUAACAAAUAACUAUAUUAAAAAUUAAUCUUUUCCAGUUGAUCAGACCGUAUGUCUUUUUGAAGCCUCAAGUUUUCUCUCUCCCUCUUGCCCUGUCUUCUUUUCCUGCAGUCACUCUUUACAUGAACUAUGGGAUUAAGUUAAAACUCAGCACUAGGUAUGCAUGGCUGUGCUUUCAGACUCCCAGCCUGCCCUUUCACCCUUCUCUCCUGCUUUUCUGCUACAUAAAUCUUCUAUCCAGUGGGAUUGGUUCACUCUCUGUUCCCUGAAAUAUACCUUCAAAUCCUGACCUCGGGGACUGCCUUUCCUUUUUAAUCCUAUUCUUUUAUGGCUAGGUUUAAAUCCACCUUCUCUGAUUGGAUCAGGCCAAAAUAAUCUUUCCUAGAAAUUCCUCAGUAAGAGCAUUGUGUAAACUGCUCAUUAAUUUUAAUGUUUACCCUUUAAUGUUGUAGAGGAGGCAAAACUUUACCCUCUUCAGGUCUCCAGCUGGGCCUGAGAAUUAAAUGGGCAUAAAACAGAUUAACAGGAGAAGAGCAUGCAGAUUUUUACAGGUGCCUGGGAGCCCCUCUAGGAAAGUGAACACCCAAAGAAGUGGCUAGGCCUGUGUUUAUAUACUAGGUUGAACAAAGAGAGACAACUGUGGAAAAGAAGGUAAAAUAUAUGGAGAGACUAAAGGAAGUUAGGAGUUACUUUAACAAGGUUGGUUUGUACAGAUUUCUCUUGGCCUCCACUAGCCAUCUCUGGUAUUAAGAAUUUUCCUUUCCUUCUGGUACUAGGAGAGCAUCUUUCACAUAAGAGUUUUAUCUCCUGCUUUCAGGAAGAAGAAGAGAGAUCAGAGUGCCCUUCUUUCACCUGCUGUUUUUUUACGCCUUUACCCCAAAAUAAUCUUUAUGCUGAAGUGGAAUAUUUUGGGGUGACAUUUAAUGCCACUCUUCAAAGUUUAUGUCUUGUCUCUCCUUUUAUAUUGUACUUCUUUGAGAUUGAGAUUAUGUUGUAGACUUACCUGUACCCAAAGGUGCUUUGCCCAUAGUAGGCACCGAUAAAUAUUUAUUGAUUUUUUUCCUGCAUUUUACAGUUGAGUCGUAAAAACCCAUAUUUGGCUCUUGUUUUUUCCUCACCAGGAUGGCAUUUACUAUAUUAAUAAAAUACAUAUUCUGGUAUGAUCUGUAACCUGCUUUAAAUCAUUUUAGUCUUGUCUAUACUAGUCAAUAGAGUUCCAAAAAAAUUAUGUAAUUAUUUGCUGUAGACAAUUCUGGUAAUGUCAUUGAUCAUGUUAAAGUUUCCAGAAGAGAAUAGUUUUAAGAAUCGGGGCAGUGAAAUUUUGGCACAAGAAGAGACAAGCAUUAUAGGUCAUUUAAUGGUCUUACCUUUCAUUCACCAUAGUAAUGGAUCCUCUCUAUAACAUCCCAAAUAGGCCUGACAUGGAAGUGCCUGGAAUUAUCUACCACUUCAUUUUACUAAUCAGUUCUUAGUUAUUCAUAAUGCAAACCCCUUGGUCUUUUCCAUUAAGAGUCAAAAGUAUCCUUAAGAGCAACUAAUAUUGAGUUGACUUGAGAAUCUUGGCGAAUGCCACAGCCCUUCUCAGCUUCUUAGGUGCUAAUGCUCUUUCUCCUGGAUACCAAACUAUUGUUUACUCUUCUUGCUGAACUUGGCAUAGGUGUGAAACUCUUCAAAAUGUCCUUUUUUUCAAAUGUACAAUGGCCAUAAAUGCUUUUGAAUGCUCUUUGGAUAGAUCUAUGAUAAUAUUAUGUAAUAUAAGUUGUCAUUCAAAUCAAAGCAUUAUUGUUAGUAAAUACAGUAAUAUCUCAACUUGUAUAUUGCCCAAAACAUGAUUGUAAGUAUCUACGUUUAUACAAUUUUGGUAUUUCAACAAACUUGUGAGUUCAGGAGAGGCCAAAUUUUUAGUCUAAUUUUAUAGAUAAGGAAGUUUGACCCAGUGAGAAAAUACGAUUUUCCCAUUUAUUAAUAAAGUUGAGACUAGAAUCUAA